CUGGUUUAAAGGAAUGAAUAGCUUGACAAAGAAGUUGGGAAUGUCCAUGAAACAAGCUUCAAUGUGGAAAAAAGCUUCACAUAUAUGCUCUCUUUCUGCCCUGGAUGUCAUUAUCAAUACCAGACAGACAGUAAAAUACCCUCAAAUACAUUCUUGUAUGGUUGCCUAAUGUUUUAGGAAAGCAAACAAAUCUUUGUGAUCAUAUUCUCUUUGAUUUGAUAGAGUUUGUCAUUAUAGCAAUGGCAGCAACCCAGAACCUCAGAGAUCUUCAAUGGGUUCUGCAAGCCAUCAACACUGAGAGCCUCAACCUGCAAAACAUCUCCUUCUACCUAUCUCAACCAACUUCAGGUUGUCACCAAGAAACAGAAAACUCCAUGAAUGUGAACAUUGCCAGCGACAGGCUUUCCGACUUUUCUCGCAUUCUUGAGUCACUAGGAACAACAAAUACUACACCAUCUUCUUUAAGAAACUUGGAGUUUCACCAUGUUGAGUGGGAUAUGGAACAAGCACUGAAUCUAGGGGUGUUGCUGAAUAACUCCAAUGUGAAGCAAGUUGUGUUUAGGCUAAACAGAUUCAAGACAGACUGCUUAUUGGAGUUUUGUGAAGUUUUGAAGAGAAAUAGAGUGAUGGAAGAGAUUAUGUUCACAGAAUCCCGUAUUGGGUCUUUUGGAGCUGGGGUUCUUGCUUCUGCUCUUAAAGUGAAUGAAAGGUUGGAGGAGUUGCAAAUAUGGGAAGACUCAAUUGGGUCAAAAGGAGCUGAGGAGCUUGCAAAGAUGAUUGAAGUAAACUCAACAUUGAAGUUACUGACAAUUUUUGAUUCACACUCAAUAACAGCAACUCCACUUAUUUCUGCUGUUUUGGCAAGAAAUAGAGCUAUGGAAGUUCAUAUUUGGAGUGGAGAAAAUGGGGAUAAGAGCUCCAAGGUGGUUGAAUUCGUGCCGGACAACAGCACACUCAGAGUUUACCGGCUAGACAUUUCAGGUGCUUGUAGGUUUGCUUGCUCUCUGGGGUUGAACACAACUGUCAAGUCACUGGACAUGACCGGAAUCCGGCUUAAGUCACGGUGGGCGAAGGAGUUCCGAUGGGUUUUGGAACAAAACCAGACUCUUAAAGAGGUAAACUUAUCAAAAACUUGCCUCAAAGACAAGGGAGUUGUGUAUGUUUCUGCAGGAAUGUUCAAGAACAAGACAUUGCAGAGCUUAUAUGUUGAUGGAAACUGGUUUAGUGGGGUAGGAUUGGAGCAUUUGCUAUGCCCUUUGAGCAGGUUCUCUGCCUUGCAAAGCCAAGCCAAUAUAACUCUCAAGUCUGUUACCUUUGGUGGUGGAAGAACAAAAAUUGGAAGAGAUGGAAUAGCAGCAAUACUAAAAUUCCUGACAACCAAUGAAACCGUGACCCGGUUGGGUAUAUAUGAUGAUGAGAGUUUGAGACCAGAUGAUUUUAUCAAACUCAUCAGUUGCCUGCAGAAAAAUGCUAGUUUAAGAUACUUGUCUUUACAAGGUUGUAAAGGAGUUAAAGGAGAGCUAGUAUUGCAGGCAAUAAUGGAGACGUUAGAGGUAAAUCCAUGGAUUGAAGAGUUUGAUAUUGCCAGAACACCACUGCAGAAUUCAGGAAAAGCCGAUGCGAUUUAUCAAAGAUUAGGCCAAAACGGCAGAACUGAACCAGAACCAGAACCAGAUUUGCUGAAGGACAUGUCUCUUACAGAACCUAAGAGCUGUAGAGUAUUCUUCUGUGGGCAAGAAUAUGCAGGCAAGGCUACACUUUGUAAUUCAGUAGCACAAAACUUUUCUUCCUCAAAACUUCCAUACAUAGACCAGAUGAGGACUCUAGUGAACCCAGUUGAACAAGCAGUUAGAACAGUUGGGAUGAAAAUAAAAACUUUCAAAGAUGAAGGCACAAAGAUUUCAAUCUGGAAUCUUGCCGGUCAGCAGGAGUUCUAUUCACUCCUUGACAUCAUGUUUCCGGGACAUGGCAGUGCAUCAUUCUUCAUGAUUAUAUCUAGUUUGUACAGGAAACCAAACAAUAGAGAACCAAAGGAACCAGCAGAGAUAGAAGAGGACCUGCAGUAUUGGCUUAGGUUCAUAGUUUCCAACUCCAGAAGAGCAGUCCAACAAUGCAUGCUACCCAAUGUCACCAUAGUCCUCACACACUCUGAUAAAAUCAGUCAACCAUCAGAAAACUUGCAACAAACAGUGAAUUCAAUACAGAGAUUAAGAGACAAGUUCCAAGGUUACGUUGAUUUCUAUCCAACAUUAUUCACAGUUGACGCAAGAUCAUCUGCAUCAGUCAGUAAACUCGGUCAUCACAUUCGUAGGACAAGCAAGACCAUUCUCCAAAGAGUUCCUCGAGUUUAUCAGCUUUGUAAUGAUCUGAUCCAAAUUCUAUCAGACUGGAGAUCAGAAAACUACAACAAACCAGCAAUGAAGUGGAAAGACUUUGCUGAGUUAUGCCAAGUCAAGGUUCCAGCCUUAAGGAUUCGAUCGAGACACGGUAACAAAGACAAGGUUGAAAUGAGGCGGCGGGCUGUUGCAAGUUGUCUUCAUCACAUAGGUGAGGUAAUCUAUUUUGAUGAAUUAGGCUUCUUGAUCUUAGACUGUGAGUGGUUUUGUAGUGAGGUGCUUGGCCAACUAAUAAGGUUAGAUGUCAGAAAGCAAAAUUCAACAGAAAGUAAUGGAUUCAUUAGCAGAAAGGAAUUGGAGAAGAUCCUGAGAGGAAGUUUGCAAAGUCAUAUUCCUGGAAUGGGCACGAAGGUGUUCGAGAACCUCGAAGCCAGUGACCUUGUAAGAAUGAUGCUGAAACUAGAGCUAUGCUAUGAACAAGACCCAUCAGAUCCAAAUUCUUUGCUGCUUAUCCCGUCAACUCUUGAAGAACAUAGAGAAAAGCCGCAGAGAUGGCAAUUAAGCACAUCCGACUGUGUUUAUGCAGGGAGGCAUCUUGAGUGUGAUAACUCAAGCCACACUUUCCUCACUCCGGGCUUCUUUCCUCGUUUACAGGUGCAACUCCACAACAGAAUCAUGGCAUUAAAGAAUCAAUAUGGAGGAACUUAUAGUCUGGAGAAAUACCUGAUCUCAAUAAACAUAAAUGGCAUCUACAUCAGAGUAGAACUUGGUGGACAGUUGGGUUACUACAUUGAUGUCCUUGCAUGCUCCACAAAGAACCUCACAGAAACCCUCAGACUCAUUCAGCAGCUAAUAAUACCAGCAAUCCAAAGCCUCUGUCAUGGAGUCACGUUAACGGAAAAUGUCAUGCGACCGGAAUGCAUACGAAACUUGACACCUCCAAGGUACAGAAGAACACAAUAUGUGUGUCUGCAACAACUGAAAGAGGCACUGCUUUCAGUCCCUGCAGAAAGCAUGUAUGAUUAUCAACACACCUGGGAACCAGUUUCGGACUCCGGAAGAAAUAUUUUAAGAGCUGGGUUUGAUUUAGCACGAGACCUUCUAUCAGACGAUGAUUUCAGGGAAGUACUGCAUCGAAGAUAUCACGACCUAUACAACCUUGCUGUUGAACUGCAAGUCACACCAGAGAACAACCCAGAUGGACCUGAUGGUUCUACAUCCACGAUUGAUGAGCAAGAAAAAGUUGAACCAAGUUUUGGUGGAAUUGCUAAGGGAGUGGAACAAGUACUACAGAGACUGAAGAUCAUCGAACAAGAAAUACGAGAUUUGAAGCAGGAAAUCCAAGGGCUGAGAUACUAUGAACACAGACUUCUGAUUGAACUUCAUCGUAAAGUGAACUACUUGGUUAACUACAAUGUCCAAGUUGAAGAGAGGAAAGUGCCCAACAUGUUCUAUUUUUUCAGUACAGAAAACUACACCAGAAGAUUGGUCACUAACAUGAUUUCUGGCAUGACAGCACUCCGGCUUCACAUGUUAUGUGAAUUCAGGCGAGAGAUGCAUGUUGUCGAAGAUCAGAUGGGUAGUGAAGUGAUGCACAUUGAUAAUAGGGCAGUAAAGACAUUGGCCCCAUACAUGACAAAGUUCAUGAAAUUACUAACAUUUGCACUCAAGAUAGGAGCUCACCUAGCAACCGGAAUGGGACAACUAAUACCAGAUUUGAGCAGGGAGGUUGCUCACCUGGCCGAUUCUUCCCUUCUCACCGGGGCAGCAGGAGGAGCAGUUGCUGCUGGUGCAGGAGGAGCAGUUGCUGCUGGUGCAGUGGGAGCAGCAACUCUGGGAAUCAGAAACAGAAGCAGGACAGCAGAAAGCUCAAGGGACAUUCAACAACAACAAAGAGCAGCACAGCAAUGGGUGGUGGAUUUCUUAAGGGAUCGGAGUUGCUCUAGUGGGAAGGAUAUUGCAGAGAAGUUUGGAUUAUGGAGAGUGAGAUACAGAGAUGAUGGCCAGAUUGCAUGGAUAUGUAGGAGGCAUUUGCACAUUAGAGCAAAUGAAAUAAUCGAAGUACCCAUUUAAAUUAUUGUAUAUAUGUAGUUCAGUUUGAUCUUUAUCUUCAUCUUUUAACUCUUUUUGCGAAUUAAAUUGAAGUAAGAGCAGUUGUAUCCUUAUUCUGAAUCAUAGAAUGCUUCAAUGUUUUCCCA